AUGGGCGAUACAUCCCCAGGGGAGACGCUCCCCAGUUCUCCAGCCGGUUUCGUCACCUUUCGAUUAUUGGUGGAUGCUGAGAGGAUACCCAGCUUCCCCUCCGAGAAGAAGCUUUCCGUUGCCUGUCUGGACAACCAAGUCCGCCUGGUGACGGCAGAUGGCCAGGUGGCAGCCUCUGGAAGCCUCAAGCUCAGGCACGGCCUGACUGCCGUGCCACGUGCCGUCUCUUGGCUGGUGUGCGAUGCCAGGGUGGAGCUGGGACCGCCCUCGCUGGAGUGGUGCGAUGGUGCCCCGCCACCCAACCCUGCCAAGCGCACUAGGAGCGGCGGCAGCCAGGCUGCGGCAGGAGCCCGGGACCCGCGAUUACAGCUGGCCCUGCUCGCCACAGUCUCCGUGACCCUCCUCCCGACCUUCUUCGACCCUGCGCCCGGUCCAGAGGCGGCAGAGGCCACCCUGGUGCUGAUGGAGCACUGGCUCGCGGACAUGGAGGCAGAGCCCGCCGAGGACGGCGAGGACGGCAAUUCCUGGGCCUUCAACCCCAGGGCCCGCAUCUUCCAGCUGGCCCACCCAGGCGACUGGCAGGCCGAGCAACCUCAGCCCGAGGGCCUCCUGUGCCACCUGUUCCGAUACCAGCGGCGCGCGCUGCGCUGGAUGCUGUGGCGCGAGAGUUUCCGACCGGGGUCGGAGUCCCACAGUCCCGACCCCGACAGCGUGCGCUCCGCGGUGCAGAGCCUGGGCCGCCUAUACCAGCCCACCCGCCUGCCCGGCGGGCAGGAGGUGCACUACGACGCCUUGGCGGGGUCCGUCAGCGCCGCGCCGCGUGAUGAUGCGGCGCCACAGGUGCCGGGAGGCCUGCUCUGUGACGAGAUGGGCCUGGGCAAGACGGUGGAGAUCAUCGCACUCAUCCUGGCGAAUCCUCGCCCCGCCGCAGCUCCUGAUGCCGAGAAGGGCGUCCUACCCAACGGCUUCUCUCACAGGCCUGCAGAGUCAGCGUCACCUCCCGUCGACCCUGGCGACCCGCCGCCCGCCCCCCUCGCGUCCAGUCCCCAUGCCGACAACCAGCGCAUGCCCGGGGGCACGCUGGUCGUCUGCCCCCCGGCCCUGGUGCAGCAGUGGCGUGCUGAGCUGGCAGCCCACGCGGGGCCGGGCGUGGCGGUGGCUGUGUACGACGGCUUGCGGGGACUGGCGCCCCUGACCCCUGCGGAGUCGCGCCAGACCGUGGCGCAGCGCGAGGCGGAGCUGUACAGCCGGCUGGCCGCAGGCGAGGCGCCCUGGCCCUCCUUCUCGCCGGAGGCCGAGGCGGGCGAGGCGGCCGCCAAGCUGCGCGCCGCGGACGUCGUGCUGACCACCUUUGAGGUGCUGAAGCAGGAGGUGCACUACUCGCCGGACAACAAGCUGCUGGGGUCGCUGCGCUACGCCAAGCGGUACCACGUGCCGGUCUGCCCCCUGCUCCAGAUCCGCUGGUGGCGGCUGGUGGUCGACGAGGCGCAGAUGGUGGGCCCGCUGUCGGCGGCGGGGGCCAUGGUGGAGCGCAUGUCCGCGGCCCACCGCUGGUGCGUCACCGGCACGCCGCUGGGCGGCUUCCACGAGCUGGACGACCUGCACGGCCUGCUGAUCGCGCUGGGCCACGACCCGCUGGGCGGCUCCGAGGCCUGGCGCCGCCUGGUGCGCCGCCGCCUGGCCGCGGGGCGCGGCGACCUGGCCUGGCGCGCGCUGCGCGACGCGCUGCUGCCCCUGCUCUGGCGCAGCACCAAGGCGGUGGUGGCGGAGGAGCACGCGCUGCCGCCGCGCAGCCUGGCUGCCUCGCGCCUCGCCUUCCAGCCGGGCGAGGCCGAGUUCUACGGCCAGCUGCGCCUGGCCUGUACCCACCCGCAGCUGACGCGGCACUGGAAGAACCUGCAGAGCGACCUGCAGCUGACUCUGGGCGGGACGCUCAGCAUGGAGGAAAUCAUGCAGCGCCUGGUGGACAAGGCCCAGUUCGAGCUGCAGAACCUGGAGCGCGCCCUGUGCGCCACCCUGAACACCCUGGCCCUGGUGCUGGUGGAGAGCGUGGCGACCAGAGCCGGCGCAGAGGAUGCCAGCCCCGGAGCGGUGGACGGGGAGGUCAGGGUGGAGGUGAAGAGGGAGGUGAAGGCGGGCCAGCUGCCCCCGGAGGGCCACCCUCCGCCCUCCGCAGCGCUCGGGUCGGGGACCGCAGAGCCAAAGUCGCUCACGGCCGCGGGCGGCACGGUGUCCGCUUCGACCCAAAAACGCAGGCGCUCGGUGCCGGGGAGGCUGAGCGCCGACGAGGCGAGGAGGGAAGCCAUCAAGCUGCUGGAGCAGUCCUUCAGGGUGGCGGAGAAGGGCAUCGAGGCCGCGGACCGGCCAAUGGAGGCCCUGGCCGCGAUGCCUGACAUCCCCUCUGACGCCUCGGCCACGGUGCACGCCUGGAAACUGCUCCAGCUGAACACCGCGGCCCAGCUGGCGUCGCUGUACGGCGCCGAGGGCCGCACCGAGGACGGCGCGGCCAUGGAGCGCGACGCGCGGGACAAGGCCGCCUACGUCCGCGCCGCGGCGGAGAUGGAGGUGACGCAGGUGGAGUCGCGCCUGGCCCAGACCGCGGGGCAGUACGCCGGCGCGGCGCGCGUCCUGGACUCGGGGUGGCGCGCCGCCGUGGCCGCCGGCUUCCCCCGAGCCUGGGGCCUGGACCUCGCGCCGGACCCGGCCGCCUGGCUGGCCGGCGUGCGUGCGGCCUUUGCCGCGGAGCAGGCGGCGGAGGCGGCGGAGCUGGAGCACCAGGCCUCCGCGGUGGAGCACAUGCUGGGCACGCGCGUGCAGAAGCUGCUGGCGCACCUGGACACCGGCCUGCAGGGCGGGCUGGGCGCGCUGGAGCGCCACGUCAAUGGCGCGCUGGCGGAGGCGCAGGUGGCGCGGAUGCAGAGGACGCUGGCCAGCCUGACGGAGCUGUCGACGGAGGCGGAGCUCAAGGCGGCAUGUGAGAGCGCCAUGCCGGUCCUCUCCCUGCUGCACGACUACCAGCGCCGCCGCAUCAUGUCGCAGUGGUUCUACCUGCUCCCCGCAGAGGCGUUCGGCGAGAGACCCAGCACCGGUGCCGAAGACCUGCCCGCAGUGCUCGACGACGAGGCCGCCGAGCUGCGGCGGCUGCUGGCGGAGCAGGCGGCCCCCUUCCAUGCGGCAUCAGCUUGGAUGGGCGCGGCGGCAGGGUAUGUUUUCAAGCUGGGCGAGGCUGGGCUGGGCUACUACGCGGACACUCCCGUGGAGGCUGCCCCGCUGUACACCCCAACCCUGGUGAAGUCGUGCCUGCAGGCGGUCCUGCGCGUCGCCACCGAGCACGUGAAGAAGCUGGCCCGGGGUCAGGCUCCCGAAGACAUGGGCCUGCUGAGUCGGCUCCCCCUCCCCGCCUGCGAGGCCCGCCUCGAGGCCAUGCGCAGCCAGGUGCACCUGCUGCGCCUGCUGCGCGAGGAGCACGUGCAGGAGGCCGCCCUGCGGCUGCGCAGGGCCCAGCUGGCGGACACCGACGCCACGCUGGCGGCGGCAGCCGUCGACCCGCCGGAGAAGCGGGCGGGACCCGAGGUCUUGCGCCGCCGGGUGGAGAGCCUGAAGGCGGAGGCCCUGGAGCUGGCCGCGCGGAGGCGGUACAUGGCGGGACGCGCAGAGGAGGCCAAGAAGGCGCUGGAGCUCCCGGGAUUGGCCGGCACGGAUGCAGCUGGAACGAGCGCCGACGCCUCGGCGGCCGGGCCGACGUCGCAGGGCACCUUGGGAGCCGGUCAGGCCCCAGGGCCUCAGGGGCCCGCCGGGGCGCAGACGUCGGACGCCCCUCCGCCCUCCCAAGCGCAGCGCGCGCCGACCGCGCCGGCUCUGCGCGGCACGGAGUGCCCCAUCUGCUACGAGGUCAUCGGGGAGGGCGAGGACGUGUACGUCUUCGGCGGCUGCGGCCACUCCUUCUGCAAGGAGUGCUCGGCGCAGCAGGUGCUGCAGUCCGGGCGCUGCGCCGUCUGCCGCGCGCGCGUGACAGGAAAGCAGGUCUUCAGGGUGGCGGCCUCCUGCACCGCCGACGUCAGCGCCACCGAGGCAUGCGACCCCGACGCUAGGCUGCACCCCACGGUGGCGCCCGUGCGCGGGGAGUGGAGCAUCAAGAUCACGGCCCUGCUGCGCCGGGUCCUGCACCUGCAGGAGACUGCGCCCCAGGAGAAGUCCCUCGUGUUCUCCCAGCAUGUGGCGGCGCUGGACCUGGUGGCUCUGGCCCUGCAGACCAACGGCAUCAAGCACGUGGCCCUGGUCGGAGGCCGAGGGACCGUGCGCAAGGCCAUCGCUGAUUUCAGGGACGACGACGAGGUCCGCGUGUUCCUGCUUUCUCACCGCGCCGGAGCAGCAGGCCUGACGCUGGUGCGUGCCAACCACGUCUUCCUGCUGGAGCCGUCGCUGGACCCAGCCAUCGAGCAGCAGGCCGUAGCUCGGGUCCACCGCAUUGGCCAGAUCCGCCCCGUCUGCGUGCAUCGCCUGCUGGUGGGUGCCAGCAUCGAGGAGGUGGUGCUGGCGCGGCAGGAGGCCAAGCAGGCGCUGUUCGUCCCCGGCGCGGACCCGGCGGGGGACGCCGAGGAGGCCACCACCCUGGAGACCGCCGCCCGGCCGGAGACGGUGGGCAGGGCUGAGGUGGACAACCUCCUGGACGAGGUGCUCUGA